ACCUCUCCAUCCCCAACCUCCAGCACACGCUGCUCUCAGUAUAACGAAUGUCCUCCACUCAAUCCUUCGAUCAUCUCGAUGCUCUCUUCUUGGAGUACGUUGUCCAGGAGCCUCUGUCCAACCAUUUCAGCCUGCCCCUUCCAGUCACUCAGCUGCACAAGUGCGAUAAUGACAGAUUCCUGGACUCCGCUUCUACUAGUUUCCUCGACCAAGACUUUGACAUCUUUUCAAACGAGGAUCUCGUUUUCGAGCACUGCCCUAUCAUGUUGCAGUGUGAUUUGCCCGAACUUGAGCCUGCAAAACGCGAAGCUGCUGUUGAGUGUGCAGUUAAACCUACUCGUGGACCUCCUGCUGUUUUGAAUGUUGUGCGAGUCCAGUCACGGCAGUCCUUCUUCCAAUCCGACAAGCCCGUCGAGAUCACCCUCGAGCGCCUUGCCGAGCACUUCCACGAGAGCCUCGAGGUCGCGGCGGCCAAGAUCGGCAUCGGCAAGUCGACGAUGAAGCUGGUGUGCAGGCAGCUGGGAGUAGAGAAGUGGCCGUACAAGUUCUCAAAGAAUCUAGAAGCGAAGGCCUUGAGACGAUCAGAACCAAGACUUUCUACACAAUCACGCCAUUCGGAUUCUUCUGAUACGGAUGGGAGCAUCGAUGGCGUGUUUUUGUGAAAGACUCGAAAAGUAUUUCAUAGGUUGAGCCUUGCAUUGUAUUUUUCCACGAUAUGUGCAGUUUGUCAAUAGAAUGUCCUGAAAAC